AUGCUGGGUUACUACGCCUUAUCGUCUCGUAGAAAAUCUUCAUCCCACAAAGACGGCAGUAAUCCACCAAGUCCGAAUCUCCCGCUGCGGUCAACUACAAACCGAUCAGGAUCACCUAUUUCUCCCGCAUCCCCAUCAUCACCCUCCAAAAAGACUUCAACAGAUAAUCUUGGAUCACCAUUCAGUAUAACGAAUCCAAUAUAUCCAUAUCAGCCAAACAACCAUCACACUCGUCAAGGUAGCGCUUACGGUCUAAGCGAAAAUGAUCAUGACAUGAUGACAAGUGGUGGUUCUCGUUCACUAUUAGUAGCUAGAGAUUUCGGUUUACCAGGAUCCGCUAAGCAAAUUGAUGAAUCAACAAGAAAGGGAAAGGGGAAAUCAAAGUUCGCGAGAGAGUAUCCAAUGGGAAAUGAUGAAGAACAAAAAGAGUUAUCAAAUAUAUCAAGUGAAUCAUUUAACCUUCUACCAGGAGACGACGAUUCAUUACCUAAAUCACCAAUUGAUUUACCUGCCAAACGGAGGGAAUCGCUACCACAUACCCAUUUGAAUGCGAAUUCGAAAUCACGUAUAAAUGCAUUCGACGAUCCAAGUCUGAUACCGCCGUCAUCAAUACAUGAUAAAUAUGUCUCGAAACAUAUAUUACCAAUCACAACAGCAUCUUCACCUACAUCGGAGAAUACAAGACCUACUUUCGCUAGAUCGUCUUCUGCACCUGGACAACAUUCCACUGCAUUACUGCCAUCUGCUAUCCCAUCAUCUACCUCUACCGCCGGUGAAAAGAAAGAAGAAAGCAAUCAACCUAUAUUCGAGAUUUUUAACGCUAAUCUAUCCACUUCAGGUUUGGAUAUGAGUAAAAAAUUGAGAGGAUAUCUAGAAAUCGUACUCAAAGGUCAAGAUGAGGUUGGAAAGAUGCAUCUAAAUUUAGAAGGUCUAGGUAUGGGUGAAAGGAAUAUAUGGGAGGUCGAUACUCAUAAGACAGAACCAAAAGAUGGUAAAGACGUCAAGAGUCAAGUUGAAGAGAGAGAGAAAGGUAUCGAAGAAAUCAUGAAGCGGCUCGACACCAUAUCAGAUACCUUACGAAACUACCACAAACUUGGUACACCUAAAUUAACAUUUCCACGACAUCAAACACAUGCGCAAAUCCCAACCCAAACCUCCGCGUCUCAUCCUUCUGAUUCACAAGAAGAUCCUCGCACACCCACUACACCUUCUUCUGGUCUGGGUAGAUCAGCAACGGUCGCAAACCCAUCUUCACCUGAGAAUACAUCUCAUCGUCAACGAGCUCCUACUAUGGUCAGAUCGAACACUGUUACAGGCGAUUUAUCACCCAUUUCAAUCAUAAAAGAUAGACCUACGCCAAUCUCCCCUCUGGUCAACACUAUUCGACCAUCGCCUGAUGAUGAAGAUGUCAGAAAAGGUUCUGACCUACCUCCAGAGAGGUUGGAUGACGUGCCAUCCCCUUCUCCACCUUAUCAAGGAGGUAAAAGGGUACCGUUGAACCUGGAUAUCGAUGAAGCUUCAAGUUUAGGGUUCGCUGGUCAUAUGCAUGACCAUGAUCACCUCAAUCACCGUCACCAUUGGUUUGGGGAGAGUCCAGAAAAUAAAAGCGGGAAAAGGGAAAGGAAAAUCACAGAUAGUCCAGUUGAGAUGAAUUUCAAAGCUAGGUGGUGA